AUGGCCCAUGAAUUGUCAGAUCUUGGCCGGGCAAAAGACGACAUUAGCGAAGCCGAAUCCCUAUCCGAAACUCCUGCACACAAAGUUCUGGCAAAAGAGAGGAGUAACACAGCCAAUAUAAACGAUCACAAGGAUGGCAUGCCCUGCUCUCAAGAGCAAAGCAAUGCUGACCAGUCGCCUGAUGAGCAGUCUGAUCGGAAUGAAAGCUCAUCAUCGUUGGAACAGCCAUCUCAACAACUAGGUGAUAGGAGCAGCCACGUUUCAGAGACAGAAGAUCAAAGUGUACGAUCUGCGACCAGUUCAGGGAUCUCUUCAAAUGGGUCUGAUAUCGACUUUGAACCCGACAUCCACUGGAGCGAAGUUGUUGGAUCUGAACGUCUUUCACCCAGAAUAGAAGCCAAAUUCCUUGAUCUGAUCAAGAAGAAGAUGCUGUUUAUGUGGGGUGUUGGUACAGAAGAUGUUCCAAAUAUAUCUAUUGACAGCUGCGGCAUAACGACCCUGCGCUUCAAGACGGACGAUGCAACCAUGAAUCUGGCGUGGGAUGAACAGUCGCGAACCAAGAAAGACGCCAAAGAAGUUGCCAAGGCGCAAUCAAGUAUCUGCCAGGUUUGGCCUCGACAUCGCGAUGUCGAGGCAGUGAAACAACUUAUAGUUAAGAGCGACGGAAGAGAUCCUCCAACAUGGAUAUCUUCAUCUUGGGCGGAGGUCGACCAGACGUACAAGGACGACUUUGCUACGUCCCGUCUUGAUAGCAUUAGGUAUUCCGGAUAUGAGGACACUUGGCAUCGCUGGUGUUUUGAAGCUGAGGAAGGUUACGAUACUCGGAACCCAACAAGCCCUAUUCGGGGAAAAAUAGUUUAUUGUAACCCUAGUGGUAAUUCCAAGGGUUUCAAACACUUCACGCUGGCUUGUUUCGCUAUUUCAACAAGCGACAGUGAACCUUUCAGUACAGCAGACGUGGAAAAAAACGACUUUCAUCUGAGUUUAUCCUAUUUGUCCCCCAACUUCCGCGGCGGAUACGUUGUACUCCCUUGGUACUUGUCUGGUAUACAUUGGAAGAUUCGCUACUUUGAACCAGGCAGUGACCAAUCUCAGCACGAAGCCGGAAUUAGUAGUUUUCUAUUGAGCGAGAGGCAAACUGCGACUAUUCGACAAGGCCCAUCAGAGAUUAACGUGCAAGAAAAACGAGUGCAGAUCAACUUUCGAUUCUUGACCAAAAACCCAAAUAUGUUUCAUAUAUUGGUUAUGAGUGAUAAUACUCUAUAUUCGAGCUAUCCAUACUCGCCAGGGAUGACACAAAUGUAUCUGAGUCGCUAUGGGCUGAAACUAGAGAAAAAGACCAUUCACAUCACCCAAUAUCUGAUCGAGAUUUGCAGAGUGUUUGAGCUUUCUAUGGAAGCUUGGAGGAAGACACUCGAUAGCAUAGAUGAGCUUGUCCAUGUCAAUUUGAGUGACUUUGAUGACCGAGAACGUAUCGAGGAUCUCAUGUUUGACAAGUCUUUCGAUCGGUCUAGAGACUAUUUUGUUGCUCUCCAACUUCUGCGGAUCAUGAAUGAGUGGAUAAACGAAGUCGUUGGCAGCAUGCUAGAGCUAAAAGACGACUCGUCUCUUAAACAUCCUAUUUUUUGUUUGUUUCACUCAACGGAGAAUCUCAGUGCUGCUGACAGAUACAUGAAGGAAAGAGCUGGCCCAGUACAGAAGCGUAUUCAAAAGAAGACCGAAGAGAUUAACAGUCUCCGCGAUGGUCUAUUCAACGCAACAUCUCUUCGCGAGUCCACUAAAGCCAUGGCAUUGAAUCAAGCCAUUUAUGUAUUUACCGUCGUCACGGUUCUCUUUACGCCAAUCAGCUUCUUAGCGACAUUUUGGGCAUUGCCGUUUUUAAAUAAUCCAAGAGAAGGAAGUGACAUUGUGCCAGAGCCAUCGGCUUUCCGCAAUAGUUUUAUUGUGAUGCCGCUACUUACAUAUGUCUUGGUACUCGGUAUUGCCUGGCAUGUAGGACAAGAAAAUUCUAACGCGACGUUGACGAGACUGGUCAAGAGCAUAUGGAUGGAGUUGCGACAAUGGCCAAGAUCUAUAUGGGAACUUCGCCCAAGGCCCCCACAAAGGAAAACGACAACACCUUCCAAUGCAUGA